UUUCCGUCUCCUCCCUCUCUCUUUCAUUUUGUUGUGUUUUGCGAAACAAGAAACAGAACAGAAAGCAAUCAUGUCUCGGCCAGAGCUGCAAGCUCCACCUGAGAUUUUCUACAAUGAAGAGGAGGCUCGCAAGUACACUCGCAAUUCUCGAAUCAUGGAAAUUCAGUCAGAGCUCUCCCACCGAGCCCUCGAGCUUCUCGCUUUGCCUGAAGAUGGCGUCCCCAGGUUGCUCCUCGACAUUGGUUGUGGUUCGGGUCUUAGCGGAGAUACAUUGUCAGAGAGCGGGCAUCAGUGGAUUGGUUUAGAUAUCUCCCGGUCAAUGCUUGAUGUUGCAUUGGAGAAUGAGGUUGAGGGUGACCUUUUGCUUGGGGACAUGGGUCAGGGCUUAGGACUUCGUUCAGGAGUUAUUGAUGGAGCCAUAAGUAUCUCAGCCGUUCAGUGGUUGUGCAAUGCUGAUAAGUCCUCACAUAAUCCACGAUUACGAUUGAAGGCUUUCUUUGGAUCAUUGUACAGAUGCUUAGCAAGGGGAGCAAGAGCAGCAUUUCAAGUGUAUCCUGAAAAUCUAGACCAGCGAGAGCUGAUUUUGAGUUCUGCAAUGCGUGCUGGAUUUGCUGGGGGUGUAGUUGUUGAUUAUCCCAACAGUUCCAAGAAAAGAAAAGAAUACCUUGUCCUCACUUGUGGCCCACCAUCUAUUAGCACAUGCACUCCCAAUGGAAAAGGCGAAGAUGGUGAGAGUUCCUCUGACGAUGAUAGUGAAGAUGAAGACAAUCAGACAGUUUCAAUCUCAGACAGGCACAGGCCCAAAAAAAAACAGAAAAUAACAAAGAAAGGCAAGGGAAGAGAAUGGAUAAUAAAGAAGAAGGAACAGAUGAGGAAAAAAGGAAAUGUUGUUCCUCCAGACACAAAGUACACAGCUCGGAAACGAAAGGCUCGGUUUUGAUCUUACAGCAGGCCUAAAUUUUUGAGUGUUCUGGCUUUGGUGUGUGCUUUAAGUGGUUUAUAUAGGCAAAUGCAUUUCCUUUUUUCUCAAUAGUGCUUUAGAAUACUGGCCAUAAGCAAUUUAUAUACAGAUCUCUCCAGGUUAUGGACGUCUGGUUGUAAUAUGAUUAUUCCUGUAACCUUAACAGUUUUGAGAAAAGAGAAACUUUGUUCUGUUUUAAGGUAUUGAGCAACUUAAUAAAAGCCUUGUUUGAUGAA